AUGAUUAGUGCUCUCUCAUCUUUCAUCAUCAUCUUAACGAUCAUGUGCACUGGCGACCGUCUUGAACCCCCCGCAAUCGGUCAUAAUACAGAUCUGACUAUAGGGGCUGUCGAUGACUCUCAUUUACGAGCCAUCGCCCAAGACUCAUAUCCCUUCCCUUUGACCCGACGCACAAACAUCCACGAUCCAGACGACCGCGAGCACCCUAGAGCUUCUGCACAAUGCAGCCGUCGAACCUACGCAACGACAUCGUCACCCUCCUCCCCUAGCGACUCCACGCCGCCGCCACCGUCAUGGCCUAGCUCGCCGAACCCAACACCCUACGAUAUAUUUGGCAUGUGCCGGCGUGAUCCGUACACGAAGCGGCGCUUUCAUCAGCUCGUCAAACUAUACCACCCCGACAUGACACCACCACCGACACCCGCCGCCUCCGCCUCCGCCGCCACGCCGCUCUCGCCUGCCGUCCGCACCGAGCGCUAUCGUCUCGUCAUCGCCGCCAAUGACCUCCUCAGCGACCCGUCCAAGCGACAGCUCUACGACCUUCACGGCGCCGGCUGGUACCACGGCGGCGCCCCGGACCUGCGCCAGCGGGACCGCGACUGGCGGUAUCAGACUAAUAGCCCCGCGCGCAACGCCACCUGGGAAGACUGGGAAGCGUGGCACCAGGAGCAGCGGCGCCAGCGGUACGGUGGCGCGCCGCCAAAACCCGUGUACAUGAGCAACGGCCUCUUCGCGACGUUGGUGGUGGCCAUGUGCUUCGUCGGGGCCAUGGCGCAAAAGAACCGCGCUCUGGCAAUCGGGGAGCAGUACGUCGAGUUUGUCGAGGACCGCAACGCGGAUAUCGGACGGGCCAUGCAGCGGUCCACGAGCGCUUCGGCUGGCCGCUCCCGGGAGGAGCGCAUCGACUCGUUUGUGCGGGAUAGGGAGAAUGUGGCGUAUCGCUACCGGCCGAGCAAGUAUGACGCUCCAGACGUGGACGAUGGGGAAGCAGCUCGGGACGUGCAACGGCUGCGUGGUCUCGAAGCUUCAAAGCUCAACCAAAGCUCCCCUACUAGUCGGGAAGCGCACCGAUCAAGCAAAGCCGAGCUUCUUGACAGUGGUGGAAUGGAGCUCUUUUCACCACAAGGGGGGCGUGAGAAGAAGGAAGCCGGGGCUGUAUCCACGUAG